AGGUUCCCACGUACGUUACUUCUGUAGUGUAUAAGGUUUACUCUAAUGUCAUCAGUGACACAGUUCUUAAACGUUUAAUCAUUCUACAGUACAUCUGUGCCAUGAAAGCGUUGAUUUUUAUUUAUUUUCUGUUACACUCAACAAUCAGGUGUUUCGGUUAUUAUGUUAUAAUCAAUAGUAAAUCAAGCAAUGUUACUUUCAAGUACAUGGAUGGGAUAGAUGGAGAAAGUGAUUUACAUCAUUGUGCAAUUAACGAGGCGUGUAAUGUGAUUCACGACCGAUUCUGGAUGUCUAGCUUGACUGAAAGACUGUGUCGUUGUCCUAAUGGCAAAGAAUGUCCAUGGCAAUGGAAUUUACAAUUCGGAAAUUCGUCUCAAUUGCUUAAUAAUAGGUCGCGCAUGGAGUUUUGUAAUCCAACGACAGACAUGGAUGUAUGUACUCACAAAGAUGAAGCUGCCAACGUCUACGGCAAAAGUGACAGUGCUAAUUCUUAUCUAAUACCGUAUAAUAUAACGUUAAAUUGUGUCUGUCCAAAGUCACACUAUUGGAGACUACAGAAGUACACGUACGAGAAUGAUGAUCUUAUCACGCAAACUUUCAAAUGCAUCAAGAAAAGAAAGUGUGAAAGAGAUGAAUUUUGCGGCCAUAUACGAUCCGAUUUGUACACAACGUAUUACAAAUGUUCUUGUCCAGAGAAACACCUAUGUAUUUUUAAGAACAGAACCACUGAGAACGUUCAGGAAUUACUUUACUCUGGGCCUGCAUACAGAGCAUACUGCCUUUUGUUUAAAAAUCUGUGAUAAUGCAUACCUGCGAAGAUUGUUCACUCAUAGCUUUCAAAGUUGGUAACAGUUCAACUUGAAAUCUAUCAGGCCAUAAGACUCUUGUAACCAGGCCAGCCCUUAAUGCUUCGCUAGCGGUCAGAGUUCUGCCACCCAAAAGUAACUCGCUCGUCUGUAAACGAUAAUAUUAGUAAAUUUCUGCGUUAACUAUAUAAAAUAUAUUUGAUGCACUUACAAUUGCACUUCCCAAUAUAUGUGAUAACGUGAAAACGGCAGCUCCCUCAGCAAUUUGUCCCAAUUUCCCAUACGGAGUACUAAACGUUGCUUUGUCGCUGGCUAUCACAAGGUCGAAAAGAGGUAACAUUGUUACUCCAAGACCAAUCGCAACGCCCUGAACUCCAGCAACGAUUGGCUUAUUAAACGUUGCUAAACUUUUAAUAAAGUCUCUGCGUGGAAAAAAUUAAUUGUUUCAUAUUCUUAAAAUAAUAAAUUACCGCUUAAUAUUAAAUUUAUAA